UCCGGUAGUAGCUCGACAAAGUAUCCUUACAUUUCUGUGCUCUCUUUGGCAACAUCAUGGAGUUGUUUCUUUCUGGUCCACUUCUUCAUUUUUGCAAUGCUUCUUUUCCUACUGGAGCAUCUGUUCGUGAUCUAGUUGAUAAUUUUACGAAAGAGAAGGGAAUCCCGUCAUCGGAUCUCUAUGUCAAGAAUAAUGGACGACUAUCAGAGCUUGAUGAGAAAUUGCAGGCUGGAGCGGUGUAUCGACUGGAGCCUCGUCUCUGUGGAGGGAAAGGAGGCUUUGGGUCAAUGCUUAGGGCUCUUGGGGCACAAAUUGAGAAGACCACAAACCGCGAAGCCUGCAGGGACCUAAGCGGAAGGAGACUAAGAGAUGUCAACCAUGAGAAAGAGAUGGCAGAGUGGCUUAAGAAGCAGGCAGACCGCGAGGCAGAGAAAGAGCAAAGGCGUCUGGAGAGACUGCAGAGGAAGCUGGCUGAGCCCAAGCAUCACUUUACAGACCCAGAGUACGAGCAGCAGUGCCACGACCUCUCAGAACGCCUGGAGGACUCGGUUUUAAAAGGAAUGCAAGCCUCUUCCAGCGGACUAGUGAAAGUAGACGAGGCACCGAAACGCAAAAAGCCACCUCCAAACAAAGGCCAAGGGAAAAGCAAGAAGAAAUGCUUUUGGACUGGUGUUGGUGGCCUGGAUGACCUGGACAGCUCCGAGGAUGACGAUGAUGCAAGCGAAAGCGGGAACUCUCCCUCCACAUCUGCUUCCGGUUCAGGUGUACCCGAUUGUCCUGUAAAGGGAGCAACGUCAGCUCACACAUCUGCCUCUCUGAGCAGAGCGGAACAAACAGCAACUCCGGAAGCUCCUAGCGCAAGCAGCAACUCCAUCUCAGGACCCAGCUCUCCAGAGAGCCCAGCAGAGGUGCAGACACAAUCUCAAGCAGAGGCAGCAGCUUUGGGUACCAGUGGUAGUGGGGAGCAGAAGGAGGUGGUCCCCACAGAAGAAACAUUCCCAAAGGCCGACAAUCUAAGCGUAGCUCAGAGUAGCGUCAACCAAGCCGCUUGUGAAGAUGGGCCCUUAGACCUCCAGGCAGUGCACUCAGACAAGGAGUUGGAGACUUUGGGGUUGGACAGGCUAAAGGCGGAACUGAUUGCACGGGGGAUGAAGUGUGGGGGAACCCUGUCCGAGCGCGCUGCUCGCCUUUUCUCCACCGUAGGGCUUUCUGCAGAGGACAUCGAUCCUGCCCUAAUGGCCAAACCUAGCAAGGGCAAGAAGCAAUGACUGCCUAGUUUCUAUUACAGCACUGUAUAAUAAUGAGUCUUAUGCUGAGUUGGACUCCUGAUAACUUGGUGACAAUUAAGGUAACAGAUAUAACUAUGCCAUGAGCCCCAGAUUCAAAGUGUCUGAUUAUUCUUGUUUGCCCCAAAUAGUGGACACAAUUUAAAGAUUGUCACAGGCUAUUGGAUAUAUCCCAGAAUUCUCCUUUUCUCAAUUCAUUUCAGACACUUUUUCUAGAGUAGAUUUUACUUUUUAAAUUUCUUAGGUCAUUGUACUGUCCCUUAUGUUGGAUGAAGUGGCACAAAUUAAAUUAAGUGUCUCUUUAUCACAGUAGCUAGGUUUUUAUCCAAUUGGUCACAGAUUUUCAUGCAAAUAUUCUAAAACGGAAUGCGCAUUUUCCAACUAGAGAUGUUACCAUCACGUGACUCCAAGUUUACUUUGCUAUGAUGGUUAUUAUAUCAACAUUUAGAGUAUGAAGGUGUUUCCACUGCCAUUUGUCGUGUAAUUAAUUUUCCAGAAACACAAAGUUCCCACCUUGUCUAGCCUUCUGUGUUUUGUUGACAUUUGGAAAGUUUACUGACGCUAUUUGCUGUUUCCAUCAGGACUGUUGUGACUUUUUUUCAUCCAACGUACUUUACUCACAUAAAAAGGUUGGAUGGCAACCUGGUUAGUGAGUGGUUCUCACAACCAAAAUCUUUUUAGGACAGAGUAAUUAUUUGGCUUUAAAAUUAGGUUCAUAACUCUGGAAAUUGCUUUCUUGUUUUUCUGUACCCAUGUUCCUUAUUUGGAUAUAUGGUUGAAUAAAAGGCCUUUCUCAAAAUUUCAAGGAGUUAUUGUAUUAAGUAAAAGUACAUAAAUGUGACUUCAAUUUUUUUUAAACCAUAAACAAUAUUUUUCUCCUCAUAGAACAAAAGGGGUUAUCAGAUGUUUUAAAUCAAGCUUGACUUUAAAAGAAAUCACAAAUCUAGUUAACAAAGGUGAAUUCAUUUAAAGCCACAUCCUGCCAUUUCAACAGCCUGCCCCUUUCACUUUGUUUGGUAAGUUGAGGGAUGGGGCUGAGGAAAUGUAACCAUUCUCAAAUGCACAGAGAGCUGGAUGCAAGGAUUGAUAGUUGGAGAUUGGCAUGGUGGUUUUAAUUUUAAACUACAAAUUGUUUACAAACACUUAUACUGAACAAAAAUAAGACGC